AUGACAGCAACCGCAACAGAAACACGAGAGGAACGGGUAGAGGUGUGGUGGCAAUGGUGGGUGGGUUUCGACGAUUCACAACAACCAUUUCUCCGGAUGUCGUGCUUACUUUCUGACGUAGAGAGGGGUUGGCUCCGACGGUUUCCGUCUCCAAUGGCGGCUAGGAGGUGGCGACUGAAGGAUAGAGAGUGUGAUUGGUGGUUGCAGUUCAUAUUAAGUCUACUUUUGAGGGGCGAAUUAACAUAUGAGCUACAAUGGAGCAACCUGACAGAGAUAUUCUUGCAACAACCUAAUCUGUUGGAACUUCAAGCACCCAUUAAAAUCUGUGGUGAUAUUCAUGGUCAAUACGCCGAUCUUCUUCGUCUUUUUGAGCACGAUGGAUUACCACCUGAAGUCGACUACUUAUUUCUUGGUGAUUAUGUUGACAGAGGAAAACAAAGCCUCGAAACAAUAUGCCUUCUUCUCGCCUACAAAAUUAAAUACCCAAAUAACAUCUUCCUUUUGCGUGGAAACCAUGAAUGUGCUUCGAUAAACCGUAUAUACGGCUUCUAUGAUGAAUGUAAAAGAAGAUUCAAUGUGAAAUUAUGGAAGAUCUUUGCAGAUUGCUUCAAUUGCUUACCUGUCGCUGCUCUCAUUAAUGAAAAGAUUCUGUGUAUGCAUGGAGGUCUAUCACCCGAGCUCAAUAACUUCGAUCAAAUCAGAGAGUUGACUCGUCCUGCUGACGUACCUGAUUCAGGUCUACUUUGUGAUCUUCUAUGGUCAGAUCCACAUAAAGAAGUCAAAGGAUGGGCCAUGAAUGAUCGAGGGAUUUCAUACACUUUUGGUGCUGAUGUUGUGACAGAGUUUCUACUGAAACAUGAUCUUGAUCUUGUUUGUCGCGCUCACCAGGUUGUAGAAGAUGGGUAUGAGUUCUUUGCAUACAGACAACUUGUAACGGUGUUUUCUGCACCAAAUUAUUGUGGGGAAUUUGAUAAUGCUGGGGCUUUUAUCAGUGUUGAUGAGACUCUAGAGUGUUCUUUUCGAAUACUAAAACCCGCUGAAAAGAAAAGGUCCAAAUCUAUGAUGAAUCUUUUUGGGAGCUCCACCAGCGGCUAAUCCGCUCAUUUUUACCCAUGAACAGUAGAUGAUGCUUGUUUCUGAUUCACUCUUAGAAAUUUAAUGUUUUUGGGGUUUUGUGAAUAUGAUUGACACCAUGAAGUUGAUUUGUAAGCGAUUUUUUAGAUCAAAUUAGGUGCGUAAAGAAAAGAGGGAGUUAUUGAUCUCAUGAUUCUUUCAAGUUGAUGGGCCUUGGUGUUCUUCAUUGCUUACUUAUCCAUUGCUUCUUAAGGCAUGAGGCCUUUCAAGUGAUUUUUGUUUUAAUUUCUUACUGAUUUUGUUUUCUUUAUAAUUAACUAAGUAUCAUUCAAAUAAAAAAUAUUAAAAUUAAAAUAGAAAAAGAAAAAGUUGAAUAAAAUAAUCCACAUUAAUGUUAUGCUAGUGCCAUCGUGAAAUAUCUGUUUUGUUUUUGAAGAGAUAAAGUGUGGAGUCUAUAAAUCAUAUCUAUAGAAGAAGAUGUGCGACAGAGGUGGCCGAAUGCGUGGAGGGGGUGGUGGGUGGUGUGUGAUUGAAGUGGCAAAGGUGGAGGUGG